AGAGACGAGCGCUGCAGGCCUUGCCUCCGGAGGAGCUGCCGCUAGCGCCUAAGCUUUGCUUUCACAGGAUUUGGCUAGGCGGGCUGCCAGACAGGCCAUCUCUCCUGGACAUCAUGUGACGUGGGGAGGUGACCUGCAUUUCUUCUGAUAUAAGGCUACAGAUUAUGAGUUCAAAAACAGGGGCUCUAUCAGUCGAAACAACGACCCGGCUUCUGGGCCUAGCUGUCCCCGAAAAUCCCACCCUUAGAGAGGGCUCCACACCGCGCCGCAAAGGCAGGCGCAACCGGAAGGGGCGGGGAUCCACCCGGACGUGGAGCUUCCGCCACCAUGGCUUCCCGUGGGAUCAUUGGCCUUUUCCUCCUCUCUGCUCUCCCCCUCUUGUGUCUGGAGCUCCGGCGUGGGAUCCCCGAUCUGGGAGUUAAAGAUCUAAUUCUGCUGUGUGGUCGGAUUUUCUUACUGCUUGCUCUUCUUACUUUAAUUAUUUCUGUGACUACCUCAUGGCUUAAUUCAUUUAAAUCGUCCCAAGUGUAUCUGAAAGAAGAAGAAGAGAACAAUGAGAAAAGGCAAAAACUUGUCAGAAAAAAACAACAAGAGGCACAGAGUGAAAAGGCCAGCAGAUACAUAGAGAACGUUCUAAAACCUCACCAGGAAAUGAAGUUGAGAAAACUCGAAGAACGCUUUUAUCAGAUUACGGGUGAAACCUGGAAGUUGAGCAAUGGUCAUAAACUUGGGGACAAAGGAAGGGGGAAGACAGCCUACGAAAAUGGUGGCCAUUUUAGUCUGAGGAAGAGAACAUUUACAAGUCAACGAAACUUGCCUAAGCCUUUAAGCAAAAUUUCACCAUCUGCUGAGCAGCCCACGCAGAAGGAGGUUCUUGGUCUCCCUGAAGAACCUCCUGAAACAGCUGAAGAAAUAGUUACUGUUGCUCUCCGAUGUCCAAGUGGGAGUGUCCUGAGGAGAAGAUUUCUUAAGUCUUGCAGUUCACGGGUCUUACUUGACUGGAUGAUGAAAAUCGGGUACCACACAUCUCGAUACAGCCUUUCUACUUCCUUUCCCAGACGGCCUCUGGAAGUGAAGGGGGGCUGGUCACUGCAGGACACAGGAAUAACUAUGGAUACUGUACUCAUUGUGGAAGAGAAAGAGCAGAGCAACUAAUUAAGAAAUGAGAACUACCUUUUCUCCAUAAAAUCAGUGAUGCCAUGACCUUACAGGACAAUAAAGGAUUCACAUGAAAAUUAUGCCAUUCCUUGACUGAGCUCAAGGAGAUAAACAUUUUAAUGUUGAUAUCCUUGGGAACAUGUGGACAUAAAGGAUUGGAAAAGGAUUGCUCUCUGCAUAUAAUAGUUUUUGGAAUUUGCUGUCUUAUAAUGUCCCAAAUGAAAACUAGAUAAAAAUGUAUACAGUAAGGCACUCAAUGAUUUGUAUUUUUCCUGGCUGACAUCAUUUAUCACUGUGUUGAAAAACAAAGUCAUACAACUCUGUUUUCUGCCUCUGCAGUCCACCUUGCCACACUGAAGAUUUCACAGUUCAAACUCUCUAAAAUCGUUUAAGUAGGAAUAUUUGUUCUGCUGUAUUUCUAGAAAUUAAACUUUAAAGACAUUUUAAAGGUCUUUAAUGCUUUAAAGUUCUUUUUGGUACCUGAUAAAGGGUUAGUAUC